AUGUUGUAUUCUUAAUAACCUUAUUACUACUAUCCAUUCUAUUAGCCUUAAGUUGUUUGUCCAGUCUAUUAUUUUCCAAUCUAGACUUUAAAUCAAUAAGAACAUCACAUUGAGCCUAUAUUGACUUCAUUACCAGACAAUCAACCUACUAAUAGUUAAUAAUUGAAUUAUGAUACAGAAGAAUUAGAAAUAGAAAAGGGUGAAAAGAGUAUAGAAAUUAAAAAGAAUUCCAAGAAAGAAAUAGUAAUCAAGAAAAAGAAAGCAUCAACAAAUACUAAAAUUCAUGAAGUAUUGGACUCAACUAAUCUCCAUAAAAAUUUCACUAAAGCUCUAAUUGCCUACACCUUAAGAUAACAAUUCAUUAUAUAUAAAUUGUUGGGAGAAACUAAAGGAUAAGAAUUUCUUGAUUUGAUGCAAACUGUCAAAAACAAACUCUGUAACCUCACUCACAUACUAUAAUUCACUAAAAAUGAUGAAUUCUUAAAGGCUUUUCGAACUUUAGGGUAUAUAUUUUACAUAUAAUUUAGGUUUAUGUUUCUCAAAAAAGAGUCUGUUCCAUACAUUUAUACUUCUAAAAUUUAACAAAAAACAAGCCAUUUGAAGCAUAAAAUCAUCAUCAAGAAAACUCUUUUAAAGAUUUGAU